CAUUAAAAUUUUUGUUUUUAAACAAAUAUGUAUAAAAGUUUCACAUAAUUUUUAAGAAUUCUGCUUGAAAAACGUUUCUACUCCGUGUACCUCAACUGCAGUUGCAAUAAGGUUCUGGCCAUCAUCAGUGCGCUGAUGAGUGACUUUUUUGACUUCGACUCUCUAUCACUCUGUACCGGUAUAUAUAUGUGAUUGUGAUCUGUGACAAGGGUCGGCAAGCGCGCUUCCAUUAGACCUCUUGAAGAAGACCAUGUCGGAAGAGGGCGAUCAAAGGAUGUGUUCCUUCGACAUGGCUAGUCUCAACUGAAAAGAGUAUUUCACCGGAAGUAUCUAAAUUCGUAACUUCGUCUUCUAGUAUUCGAAGGUUUGAAUCUGGAAUCAAAUUAUUCUAAACGCUAGGUUGAACAGUGCUAAAAAGACAUCAAUACGUUAUUAAUUUUGAAAUGAAUUACAAUAAGAUUCGGGAGAAAAACGCAAUAUCCAAUGCCAAAAUGGACACCGGCAUCCAAGCAUUCUAUAAGGACAAGGUGGUGUUCCUGACAGGUGCAACCGGAUUUUUGGGAAAAGUAUUAAUUGAGAAACUUUUGCGAACUACGGAUGUGAAACGAAUAUACUCCAUGGUCAGGCCCAAACGGGGACAGGAUAUUCAGGAACGCAUUGAGAUGUGGCAAAAGGAGCCACUCUUUGAAGUCCUGCUGAAGUCGAAGCCCGAGGCUCUGAAGCGGAUCGCCACGAUCGCAGGCGAUUGUUUGGAGCCCGACCUCGGCAUCAGUGAGUCGGACCGCCAGCUCCUGGCCUCCGAGGUCCAGAUCGUACUCCAUGGAGCCGCCACAGUGCGAUUCAAUGAGCCGCUUCAUGUGGCUCUGGCCGUCAACACGCGGGCCACAAGACUGAUGCUCCAGUUGGCCAAGGAGAUGAAACACCUGGUGGCCUAUUUGCACAUCUCCACGGCGUUCUCCAACUGCGUGAUCUUUCGAAUCGAGGAGAAGUUCUAUCCAGAGCACCUCACCUGCGAUUCGGAAAAGGUCCUGGCCAUGAGUGAGCUAUUGGGUGACCAAAUGAUGGACAGUCUGACACCCACUCUGCUUGGAUCCUACCCCAACACUUAUACCUACACCAAGGCUCUGGCGGAGGACGUGAUCCUUAGAGAAGCGGGCGACCUUCCUCUAAGUAUCUUUCGACCAUCAGUUAUUAUUGCCAGCCAUAGAGAGCCAGUUGCCGGCUGGAUGGACAAUCUCUACGGACCCAUAGCCCUAAUUUAUGGCGUGGCCCAUGGAGUCCUGCGUGUGAUCAGCAUCAACAAAAAUGGCUUUUCCAACUUGGUGCCGGUGGACUACUGUGCCAAUGUGGCUUUGGCCAGUAUCUGGCAAACAUCCAAGGACAAAGCCGGACGGGAUCCGAUAAAACAGCCCGCCAUUUACACUUUGGCACCCAAUGAACGCAAUCCACUGAGCAACACGGAGUUCGUUAACUUCUCUUUGAGCUGUCGAGAAGAGUUUCCGCUGGUUAAGAUGAUCUGGUACCCGUUUGUGCACUGCAUCUCCACACCGUACCUGAAUCCUCUAGCCGCGUUCUUCUAUCACACUUUACCCGGCAUUUUCUAUGAUCUGGCACUAAGAGUUUCGGGCAGAAAACCUCGUCUGGUGAAGCUUUACCGAAGUAUUCACAUCAACAUUUCGCUUCUCACAUACUUUUUGCACAACAGUUUUUACUUUGAGACCAAGAGCACGGAUCGGUUAAGAGCUUUGAUGUCUCCGGAGGAUCAGCGAAUAUACAACUUCGAUAUGAAGGCUUUGGUCUGGAAAGAGUACUUCCAUAAGGCCCUUUUUGGCAUGCGACUUUACCUGGGUAAAGAACCUCCCACCCAGGAAUCCAUAGACCAGGGUCGGCGAUUGUUAAGAUUAUUGAAGAUCUUGCACUUUGGCCUCAUGACCAUACUGUUGGGCAUUGCCGGAAUCGUUUUGUGGUCAUUGAUCAAAUUAAUAAUUUAGUUUUAGUAUAAGGGCUCACUGAAACAGUAUAUUAAUAAACAUCGGAGUUGCUCACUAAAUCGAAUGGCAAAAAACUGUUUUAGGAAAUAAAACAUCAUUCGUAAAUACUCAGUUGCAAACAACAUGUUUCUCACUUCUAAAGCUAGUUAUGUAUAUAGCUUAAAGUUUACAAAACUGCCAUUGGAACGUUCGGAAAAUGAAGUAUAUUAAAAAAUAAACCUUUUAACGGCCAA